GUGAAGUUGCCGAUACUCGGCCUGCCUCUCGGAUAGUAGAGCUCUCAAUCCCGCCUCUCGCUUUGCCGCACCUUCGAAUUCUUCUUUGCUUCACAAUGGAUGGAAGUAGACGGUUCUCUGAGGGAGCGCCCCGGGCUCCAACAAGACCCAGCGAUAGUCCAUCUCCACCGAUCUUGUUUGCCAUAUGUGCCAUUGGAUUAGCGAUUUUGGUUCCUUUGGCGGUUGCAGGCACAAAUUUGGUCCUGCUGCAUCAGAUUCCUGAAGGUCAUGUCGGAGUAUACUGGCGUGGUGGUGCCCUUCUGAACACAAUUUCAGAGCCUGGAUUUCAUCUCAUGAUCCCCUUUCUUACUCGUGUUGAGCCUAUUCAAGUGACCAUUCAGACAGAUCAGGUUAUGAACAUACCUUGUGGUACAAAGGGAGGAGUUAUGCUCGAAUUCGCAAAGAUUGAGGUUGUUAACAGAUUAAAGAAGAAUAAUGUAUAUGAAACUAUCUUGAACUUUGGCGUUCAAUAUGACAAAACAUGGAUUUACGACAAGAUUCAUCAUGAAAUUAACCAAUUUUGCAGUUGUCAUACUUUGCAAGAAGUUUACAUUGACAAGUUUGAUCAGAUUGAUGAGAUGAUGAAAGAGGCAAUUCAGCGAGAUUGUACACUAUAUGCUCCAGGUAUUGAAAUUAUUGGAGUGCGUGUAACAAAACCUACAAUUCCACUGUCCAUUGCACGCAAUUAUGAAAUCAUGGAAGAGGAGCGCACCAAGGUGCUGAUCGCUGUAGAGAAGCAGAAGUUAGCAGAGAAAGAGGCUGAAACAAUAAAGAAAAGAGCAGUUACCGAUGCUGAGAAGAAUGCCAAAGUUAGUGAGAUCCAGAUGACACAACGUUUGAGGGAGAAGGAGAGCAUCAAAACGCAGCAAGAAAUAGAGAAUGAAAUCUUCCUUGCAAAAGAGAAGAGUUUGGCUGAUGCAAAUUUCUAUAGAGUUAUGAAGGAAGCUAAGGCCAAUGAACUGAAGUUGACUCCUGAAUUCCUCGAGUUGAAAUUUAUUGAGGCUGUUGCUAAUAACACCAAGAUGUUUUUUGGGGAAAAGCUGCCGAACAUGGUACUGGAUCAAAGAUUGCUGGGAAAUUACUUCGGGUCUGAAAAUCAAAAACAAGUGUCUUAAGAAAUUCUUAGCAAGCCCAAAAGUGUUGCAUCUCUUCACCGAGGAAUACUUCCAAUGGGAGCUUAGAUCACAUUUCAAUGAGGACCCUUUCUAAUCUAGUGAAAUCCUUUGAGGCCUAAACGUAGCGCUUAAUUUAUUUUAAUCUUUAUGUUCUACAUGUACCUUGUGCUGGACUAUCUCCGCGUGAAAAGCUAUAUUUCUUUUCUGGGAAGAACAUGAGUACUUGGUUG